AUGUCACCGCUACCGAGCGAAAGCAAGACAGAGCCGGCCUACCAGGUCAUCUCGUUCCAGCCCCAUCGCGAAGCGCAGGCUCGCAAAUACAUCACGCGCAAGUCGCACCGCAAAUCGCGAGGCGGCUGCUUGGGAUGCAAGCUGAGCAGAAUCAAGUGCGAUGAGGGCAAGCCUUCCUGCACAAGGUGUCUCCGAUGCAACGCGGAAUGUCAGUACUCUGCGUCCGGUAGAUCCAAACCAGCUCGCAAGCCCGCCCCGUCGAAACGAGGGGAUGCCAUCGGCGCGACAACCGCCCUCACCCCCUACACGCCGCCGUUCGCCUUCGCCCAGCCCUCAGCCAUCGCGCUGGCCAACACCUACCUGCAGUCCAAGUCCCCCGCGCGAGGCGUAUCGCGCGUCUCCCUCCUUCACCACAUCAACCAGCACUUCCACGCCCCCUCCACCGGUCUCGAGACCGCCUGCGGGCAGAUGGCCUUCAUCGUCGGCCUCGGCGCCAGCCGCCCUUACCUCCUCGACGUGACCCUCGCCGUGGCCGCCUGCCACCUGCGACACAUGUACCAGACCAACAACGACGACGAUGCCGCCGUAUCCGCGUGCCGCGUCGCGGAGCACUACCAGCAGUCGCUCGCCAUCCGCAGCUUCAACCGCGCGCUAGGAGAGCCGCUGGACCAGGAGGCCUCCGACUCGGUGCUCAUCUCCUCCAUGAUGUUCAACCUCCUCUCCUUUGCGCUCGACGACGACGAUGACCCGGCACGGUCCUGGGUCUUCACCGCCGCGCCGGACCGCCUCGCGUGGUUCUCGCUGAGCAUGGGCCUGGCGCCGCUGCUGGAGCGCACCAAGCGGUUCCACGACCGCUCCAUCCUCCGCCACAUCUUUGACGCCUCCGAUGACGAGCGGAAGACGUACCACGGCGACGGGGCAAAGUCGCUGUCGAGGGUACCGCCGCACUGGCUUCGCCUGUGCGGGCUCGAUUACGCUUCCGCCGACCCCGAUCACAUCUUUUACGAACCGGUGCGCGUCCUCGCCGAGUUGGUGUCUACCCCGGUCAGCCACGAAUCGUUCUUCCUGUACAUGGCCUUCUUUGGCAAGGUCGGGGUCGCGUUCCGCUCCUUGCUGGAGCACGACAGCGAGCCGGCCAUGUGGCUCUUGGGGUACUGGCUCGGGCUUCUGUGUCGCUUCGACCAGGUCUGGUGGCUCAGCGGCAGGGCGAGAAGGGACUAUCGCGCCAUCUGCAUAUGGUUGGAUAAGCGUAAAGUGCGACGAAGGCCGGAAGCGGAGGGACUAAUGUGGAGGCAGCUCAUGGUUGAUCUCGAAGGCGCCACGCAGCAGGCGGUUGAAGUCAAGGUGAAGGGCUUCAAGAGGCCCGAACCAACUGAGAUCUUAGCUUAG